AUGGAGAUGAUUUAUGAUGAAGUGAAGGUUGAGGAGAAGUCGUGGGAAAACAAAAAGAAACCUCACGUUUGUUCUCCGCUUCGUGCGGCUCUGGUUUCUUUGGGGAUCCUUUGUGUCGUUCUGGUGUCGGUCAUCAUCACUCUCACCAUCAACUUCAGGGACGAGCAGAGGAGACAAAACUUCACUCUGACGAUGCAGAACCAGAAGCUGCUGGCAGAGAAGGAGGCGCUGAAGAGACGAUCAGAAGACCUGAGCAGAGAGAGGGACCGGCUCAACUGGACCAUGGAGGCCAUCCUCCAAUACGACAACUUUCCAGUUAACAAACACUGCCCCCACAGAGCCUGUAAGCCGUGCCUGGACGACUGGGUGCCGUUUCAGUCAAACUGUUAUCUUUUUACAAAUGAUAUCUACUACUACAACUGGAAAAACUGGGAGUAUAGCCGUGACUUUUGUCAAGAAAAGAAUGCAGACCUGGUGGUGAUUGAAAGCCUGGAGGAACAGGAAUUCAUAAACAACCACACAAAAAAAUACAGUGAUUCUCAACACGGAUACUGGAUCGGGUUGAGCAUCAAAAACAUGGAGACGUGGACGUGGGUGGACAGAAGUAAUGUCACUCUGACGUAA